UGUCUAUGAAGAACAAUGAACAUAGACUCUGUUGUCUUGUCUAUGAUAAGAAAUAACUUUUUCCUAUUUACCUACUACUACUAUGUACUAUGUUAUUAUACCAUAUUAUAUCAUUCCGUAUAUAAUCUUUCCAUAUCUGUAUCCAGUAUAGAGUUGAUUUGAAAGAUAAAAAAACAAAGAAGGGAUACCUAUUUUGGAUUAAUAUUGAUUCAUCAUUUUGUCAUAAUUCCCUAUUAUGAAAUCCAUUUUCAUGAAUAUUCAAUAUAAAGAUACGAAGAAUUUGGUAUGAAAUAGAGCUGAAUGAAGAACUAACUUCGGAAUCAACUACUACCACAGUAGGGUAUUCAUUAUGGAUCCUUGGGAAAAAGUUCUUUAUAAGCACCAAAGCUAUCCUGACAAUUAUACAGAUAAUACCUUCCUAAGAGACUUAAAGAAGAAUAUAGAUUUUAAGGAAGUUACCUACUUUGAAGCUUUUAUAAGUGCCAAUUUACUUCUUCAAGAAAUUUGUACUGUUAUUGGUUUUGUAUUAGUUUACAUCUAUUUAUAUAAUGAAUGGCUACCACCAAAUUUGAUUUUCAAUACUUUUAAUUGUUUAACCUUAGUAGGUUUUCUCUUACAUAAAUUUCACUAUAUCAAUACUGCUUUUUUUGAUAUGAUUAGUCAUGAUCUAAGGACAUUACUUAUUUAUAUAGUGUUUGGACACUUAUUUUCACCAGUAUUGUAUACUCUAACCGAUACUAUAAGUACAGAUACCAUUUAUACAAUGACUUCAUUCAUGCUUCUGAUUCAUUUGAUAUUUUUUGAUUAUGGGGUGAAUGCAACUAUUGUUUCUAACAGCUUGUCAUUAAGUGCUGCAAUUUUUGCUUCAAUCUGCUUAGCAUCCCGAUUGUCUUCAGCACAUUAUGCUUUUAUUCUCAUAACAAUAGCAAUAGAAUGUUUUGUUCUAUUUCCCCAUCUACGUGUUAAUACAAAAUUUUCACUUCUGAUAACAUUAGCUUUAGCUUUAUGUGAUUUAUAUUUCUUAAACCUUGUCUCAAGAUUUGUAACAGUCAUAUUUUUGAUUAGUUUGUUAUUUAUAAUCUUCAUUUGUCCGUUGUUAUUUGUCAAGUAUCAGAAAUAUAAAGAAAAUAUAUAUGGGCCAUGGGAUGAAGCUGUAGUAGAAGAUGCUGAUAAAACUCUAUAUUUUCGGUAAAUUAUAGCCCCAAAUAUUGCAA